AUGCUCCUCGCUGAUGUUAGAGUUGAAAGCCCGGAGGAUCUGCUGCAGCGUGAGGCAGUCGGCGGCGUCCAGCGCGACCUCGGUCCCGCCGGUCGCCCCGCUCGCUUCCUUGCGCAUCAUCGCGCUACCCCGCCGUACCCGGACCCAUGGCUCAAACACAACACUAUAUUAAAUCACUUCACCGGUUCAAUACGGUCAAUUUAUUCCAAGCAC